AGUUGCCGUUACCUUAACGCAGAGCUAGUAUCUCUAUUAAAUAAAAAAAAAAUGUUCUAAGUGAAAUUUUUCUUAAAAAAUAAAUUAAUUAAAAUUAAAAAUUAAUAACGCAUUAACACGGAGUGUUUUAAAAAGAAAAUUGCAAAAAAUAUCCUUAAAUGUGUUUUAAUGCUAAUUAUUCAGAUAAACUAAUAAAAGUGAAAAGUUUUUAAAAAAAUUCCAAAUAAUACUUUAAUGUUUUAAAUAAAAAUAAUAAAGUAGUGAUAAUACUCGCUCAAACAUGGCUUUAGGUCAGCAAGAACUUAAACUCAAACACAGUGAUAAAACAGAAUCUGAUGUACCAUUAAAUUCUCCUGAAACAACAAAUGAUGAUUGCAGCAACAAUGAUGUCAACGAACAACAGCAGCAGCAGCAACAAGAACAACAUAACAACAAGGAAAAUCAUAUGAACAACAAAAAAAUGACAGAACAUUGUAAUGGUGAAAACGUUGCGGCUGCAGCCGCAGUUGCAGUUGUUAAAUACAAUCGCAGUGAGAGUAAAAAAACACAACAAAGUCUUUUCGAAUUAGUUUAUGAAAUAAUUGGAGAAAAAGAACAGCGAACAAAAGAAAUGGGAACAUUGAUACUUCUGGGAGUUGUCUUCUUAUUAUUUAUUAUAAGUUUAACUGGAUUUUUUGUCAUGUGGUUUACAGAGUAUUACAACAACACAAUGUUAGAGAAUCUUAUUUUAGCUAAUAAUUCUGAAACAGCUAAAUCCUGGAUGAAUCCCAAUCCCAAAUAUGACACCUUACUUAAAGUACACAUUUUCAAUUAUACAAAUAUACAAGAUUAUUUAGAGUACAAGGCUGAUAAGAUAAAAGUUGAUGAUAUUGGUCCCUUGAUCUAUAAGGAACAUACCACAAAAGCCAAUGUGGUCUUCAAUGAUAAUUAUACAGUAACAUUCCGAGAUCAUAGAAGUUAUGAAUUUUUACCAGAAAAAUCUUCUCAUGGGGAAAAUAUUGAUGUCAUAGUGCCAAAUGUACCAUUUUUAGCUGCCUCACUAACUGUGGAUAAGAUCAAAAGUUUUAUCACCAAAACCAUUACUUUUAAUGCAGUCAAAAAUACUGGAGAACAACCAUUUAAGAAACUCGUAGCCAAAGAUUUUCUCUGGGGUUAUACGGAUAAGAUAUUAUCUUUAAAGAAUUUAUUUUCCAGUGGUGCUAAUUCUAAAUUUGGUUUAUUAAUGAAUCGCAAUGGCACCAGUGUAGAUUCUUUACAAAUCAAUACCGGUGAAGAUGAUAUACACAAAUUUAGCAUUAUAACACAAUUUAAUGGUAAACCAAGUUUGGAUUUUUGGACUGAUGAUGAGUGCAAUCGUGUUGACGGUUCAGAUCCCUCUAUGUUUCCACCUCAUAUGGUGGAGACCAGAGAACCACUUAAUGUUUUUCUGCAGGUUUUAUGCCGCAAAAUACCACUGCACUUUGAAAAAGAAGUUACAAUUUUCAAUAAUAUCGAUGCUUUACGUUAUCGCACACCCCUUAAUGUAUUCGCAAAUCCCGAAGAGAAUCCGAAUAAUGCCUGUUAUUGUCACAAUACAGAAACCUGUUUGCCUAGUGGUGUUAUAAAUGCCACACGCUGUUAUGAUGAUGCCCCCAUUUAUCCCUCCUUUCCACAUUUCUUUUCGGGAGAUCCAAUUAUUUAUAAAGACUUUGAGGGCAUAGAACCAAAACAGGAAUUGCAUCAGACAUAUGCUGAUGUGCAUCCAAGAUUUGGAUUUCCUAUAAGUGGAGCAUCGCGCAUACAAAUUAAUCUCGGUUUGCAUAAGGGACAACUUGUUAAAGAUAAAUUGAGGCGUCUUGAUCAUGGCAUGAUUUUACCCUUGAUAUGGAUUGAAAUUACUUCGGGUGAUUUUACGGAUGAAGUGAUCGACACCUUGUAUGCCAGUACUUUUGGUCUUAAUCUCAUACAGUAUACCCUCAAGUAUGGUACACUAUUGAUGUGUUUGGUGACGUUUGCCUUAAUUGUGGCCGGUUUUUAUUAUUUGGCUCGUAAACGUGAAGAGUAUCUGAUGCAAAAUGAGAAAUUUUUAAAUGCCGAACUGCGCGCAUUACACCUGUCAUCGGUCAGUUUGUCACAGAUGCAACAACAAUCAUGAUUUGUGAAUAAAUAUAACAAAUUAUAAACAAAAUAUUAUCAAAUAUUAAAUUUAAACAAAAACUCCAUACAAAUUUUGUAAACAAAUAUAUAAAUAGGAAUUUCAGACACUCUCAUAGAUACAUACAGUUUGCAAACAUUUGUAGUUGUAUGUAUGUUGUAUCUGUGUGAGUUUAUUUUAGCUGUAUCUAGUAUGUUUUUAAGAGUAUGUGUUUAGUUUUAGUUUUUAGUCAGUUUUAAGUAGAAAGAUGAAUCUGCAUUAUCAUGCUGAUUAGAUUACUAUUAUUACAUAUAUAUAUUUUUUUAAAUAAUGACAAAUUUUUUAUAUUAUUUUUUUGUUUUUUAUAAUUCUCGUUUAUUUUUAUUUUUUUUUUAAUUUUAA